UUCUGAUUUCACAUUAUAUUAAUUUGUAAAAUAUUUUAAAUUUGUGUGUUAAAAUUUCAUGUUCAUGUAUGAAGAUGAAUGGCGCAGUUUUCCUGGAAAGUCAUAGAAUCUAAGCCUGCCUCCUUACACAGCGUAUUAGAGUCUGUUGAAAAGUGUAAUAAUGAUAUAUCACUGUGUUUACACUCAUCGUCGCAUAAAACAAGAAUACUAUCUCAACUUGAGACGUUUUUACAAUCCGUCAGGGAAAUAUCUGAAGAUCCCUCCUUCAAACAAUAUAUUGAAACCCUUCCUUCCCUGGAGUUUUUAAAAACAACGGGAGUGGUUCAGAUCCACCCAUCGUAUUUGGGAAAUGUAAACAGUGGUAUUUACGCUUAUUUAUCAAAUUUUCUGAUGCAUUACAAUGACGAUUUUUCUGGAGUAUGGAUCAGUUGUGGAGAUAUUGUUCCUCUGGAUUCACUCGGGUAUCUUACUACAGGAGACUACCAGGGCCUAGUUUCUCUCAGAAUAUCACUUAGGGUGUUGGCUUUUAUUCCAAAGUUAGAUGUUAUUAUAGGGAAGAUAAGUCGGAUAAGGCCUAGAAGCAUUUCAGUUUUAGCUUACGGAAUAUUUAACGUUUCAGUGAAGCCUGAAAAUCUGCCAGAAAUUAAACAGGAAAACAGUGAGUAUAGUUUGGUUUGUAAUGGAAAGACUGUAUCGGAGAACGCGUUGCUGACUUUACAGCUCAUCGGUGUAAAUGUAUUAAAAAGGAACAAAUGGCUAAACUUGUCUGCAAAAUUACAUAAUGUAACGGAGUGAAUAUAUUACUUAAGAGCUGAAA